CAUAUUACCUAAUGUCACUCAACCAUCGUUAUUCAUGGUCAGUGAUAAAGACAAUAAUCACUUCUAGAGAUAAAUAGUUAGCGCAUCUGUAGUUAUUUAUGAUAAAUAUUUUAAUAAAUUGCAUCUAGAAUUGUACGCGUUUUAUCGAACUAUGCGUAACAUAACAUAACCUAUGAAGUAAGUGAUUUAUAGUACGCAAAGACGUUUGUUUAUUUGCGUAGAUGAAAAGAAUAGCAUUGUGAAGUUUAACAUUUGGUUUUUAUUAUUUCUUCUGUAAAUAAUAAAAAAUGAAUUCAAUACCUCCUACUAAACCUCCGAGAGGGAUUAAGCCUACCAAAGAAACGAGUGGUUUACUAAUUUCUGUGAUUCGUGCUCUGUCAGCCAGCGAAACUAACGAACAACGAGAAAUAGAGAAAGCUAAACUUGAGAAAGAAUAUAAAAAAAGCGAUCAAAGGCUUGAUGAGUUGGUAUCAUUACAUGAUCAAGAUCUCACAGAAGUUAUGCACAUAUUCAGUGCUUUAUCAGAGAAAGUUACAGCUUCCAGAGAGAAAAUCCAUGCGGUCAAAGAAAAUUUGAAUGCGUGCAAACAAUUACUGAGAUGCAAACGGGAGGAAUUAUUAAACUUAUGGUUAGAAGGAAUUGAACAUAAACAUGUUCUGCACCUCUUGAAAGAUGUAACACCUGAUUCGUGUAAUCGAAUGCUGCCUAUAACGGAUUCAGAUGGAUUAUCGGUAUCUACAACGUACAAUACAGUGUCAGAUUGAUAAUUACUGUAUUUAGUGGCAUAUAGUUAUGAAUAAAUUAUAAUUUAAUUAUUUUA